CGGCGCAGCCGCGGCGGAUCCGAGCCCACUGGUGGGAAACCGCCUUCGACGCGGGCAGACCCUGCCCGAAUCCGCAUCCAUCGCCGCUGCCCUCCGCUCUCCCUCGCCCCUCCAGCCCUGCACUGUAGCCGAGGGACCUGGGGGAGCGACUGGCGCGUCUGCACCGAGCCGGGUUUCACCAGGUAGCUCUUCCCGCAGGAUGAAUUAAGAGAAGAGGACCCUUACCCAUUAAGGAUGGAGAGCAGCGUGUCAGUUUCCAGUAUGCAAGACCCUUCGUCCUCACCCUUGGAGAAACACCAGAGCUCAGCGGAUCAUAAUGGGGAUCUUGAUUCAGAAGAAGGCUCAAGCCUGGAGGAAGUCGGCUUUAACUGGGGAGAGUAUUUGGAAGAGACUGGUGCCAGUGCGGCUCCUCACACAUCGUUCAAACAUGUUGAGAUCAGCAUUCAGAACAACUUCCAGCCGGGGAUGAAAUUGGAAGUCGCCAACAAGAAGAACCCGGACACGUACUGGGUGGCCACGGUCAUCACCACCUGCGGGCAGCUCCUGCUUCUGCGCUACUGUGGCUAUGGGGAGGACCGGCGCGCCGACUUCUGGUGUGACGUGGUGAUAGCGGAUCUCCACCCCGUGGGGUGGUGCACGCAGAACAACAAGACCCUGAUGCCCCCGGACGCAAUCAAGGAAAAGUACACCGACUGGACGGAAUUUCUCAUCCGCGACCUGACCGGCUCCCGGACGGCCCCCGCCAGCCUGCUGGAAGGUCCUCUGCGAGGGAAAGGCCCCAUAGACCUCAUUACAGUUGAUUCCUUAAUAGAGCUUCAGGACUCUCAGAACCCUUUUCAGUACUGGAUAGUUAGUGCGAUUGACAAUGUUGGAGGAAGAUUACGCCUUCGCUAUGUGGGAUUGGAGGACACUGAAUCCUAUGACCAGUGGUUGUUUUACUUGGAUUACAGACUUCGACCAGUUGGUUGGUGUCAAGAGAAUAAGUACAGAAUGGACCCACCUUCAGAAAUCUAUCCUUUGAAGACGGACUCAGAAUGGAAAUGUGCUCUGGAGAAAUCGCUUGUUGAAGCUGCUAGGUUUCCUCUUCCAAUGGAAGUGUUUAAGGACCACGCAGAUUUGCGAAGCCAUUUCUUCACGGUUGGGAUGAAGCUUGAGGCGGUGAAUGUGAGGGAGCCCUUCCGUGUCUGCCCUGCCUCUGUGACCAAGGUUUUUAACAAUCAUUUUUUUCAAGUGACUAUUGAUGACCUAAGACCCGAACCUAGUAAACUCUCAAUGCUGUGCCAUGCGGAUUCUUUGGGGAUUUUGCCAGUCCAGUGGUGCCUUAAAAACGGAGUCGAUCUCACACCUCCCAAAGGUUACUCCGGCCAGGACUUCGACUGGGCCGAUUACCACAAGCAACAUGGGACCGAGGAAGCGCCUCCCUUCUGCUUCAGAAAUACAUCAUUCAGUCGGGGUUUCACAAAGAACAUGAAGCUUGAAGCCGUGAACCCCAGGAACCCGGGAGAGCUCUGCGUGGCCUCGGUCGUUGGCGUGAAGGGGAGGCUGAUGUGGCUUUGCCUGGAAGGUCUGCAGAGUCCGGCUCCAGAGUUCAUUGUCGAUGUUGAGUCCAUGGACAUCUUCCCCGUGGGCUGGUGUGAGGCCAACUCCUACCCUCUGACCACACCGCACAAGACGGUCUCACAAAAGAAGAGAAAGAUCGCAGUUGUGCAACCAGAGAAACAAUUGCCAUCCACAGUGCCUGUUGAGAAAAUACCUCAUGACCUUUGUUUAUUCCCUCACCUGGACGCCACAGGGACUGUCAACGGGAAGUACUGCUGUCCGCAGCUCUUCAUCAAUCACCGGUGCUUCUCAGGCCCUUACCUCAACAAGGGGAGGAUCGCAGAGCUCCCGCAGUCCGUGGGGCCAGGCAAAUGCGUGCUGGUCCUUAAAGAGGUCCUCAGCAUGAUCAUCAACGCCGCCUACAAGCCCGGGAGGGUGCUGCGCGAGCUGCAGCUGGUGGAGGACCCGCACUGGAAUUUUCAGGAGGAGACGCUGAAGGCGAAGUACAGAGGCAAAACAUACAGGGCCGUGGCCAAGAUCGUGCGGACAUCCGACCAGGUGGCCGACUUCUGCCGCCGGGUCUGUGCCAAGCUCGAAUGCUGCCCAAACUUGUUCAGUCCUGUGCUGGUUUCUGAAAACUGCCCGGAGAACUGUUCCAUUCACACCAAAACCAAAUACACUUAUUACUAUGGCAAGAGGAAGAAGAUUGUUAAGCCCCCGAUUGGGGAGAGCAGCGUUGAGAGCGGGCACCCAAAGCCAGCCAGACGCAGGAAACGGCGAAAAUCCAUUUUUGUGCAGAAGAAACGGAGGUCCUCUGCUGUGGACUUCGCGGCGGGCUCCGGCGAGGAGAGUGAAGAGGAGGACGCAGACGCCGUGGACGAUGACACCGGGAGUGAGGAGACCGGCUCCGAGCUCCGGGACGACCAGACAGACACGUCCUUGGCCGAGGUGCCCUCCGCGCGCCCCCGGAGGGCCGUCACCCUGCGGAGCCGGCCCCGAGCCUGA